AUGCUUAGGGGAUCAUUAUUCUCAACCGGACCUUUACCAGGAAGACGUGAGCGCUCGUCCAGCCGUCAGCCUCAAUCCGCAACGGCUAGUGAAGUUCCUCAUCGAAGAAGAAAUAUAUUUUUCAUGAGAAGUUACUGUCCUGAACUGAGUCUCUACUGA